ACGAUGGAUUAGGGAUGAUUGAUAAAUAAAAAGAGAGAAAAAAAAAAGGAAAAAGAUGCUCAUUUCUAGUAAAAAUAUCUAUAAAGUGAUGACUGUUUUCAAUCACAGCCAGUUUCAACUUUUGGAAAGUGAACACCUUCUCUCUCUCUCUUUGUCACUCUCUCCUUCCUUCUUUCCUUUCUCAUUUAUAAAAACUCUUUUCCUCCCCCUUUUACUCUUUUAUCUUACCCCCUUAAAAAAGAAUAUUUUCUGUAUAUUGUAUAUAGAAUCAUAUACUUUCCUUUUAGAAAAUAUUAAAUGUCCUUGUUACCAAAUGAACUAUUAGCACAAAUCAUCAGUUUCAGUAAUCAAGCCGACUUAAUUCCUUAUUUGUUUGUAUGUAAAUACACAUUUCAACUUGUUCGACAAAGAGUAUACAAAAAAGUGAUCUUUCCCGAUAUCAACAUUACAGAACAAAAUAUUAUAUCAUUCUGUCAGUUGUAUGGAGAAGGUUUAUGCAGCAUAAAGUUACCACAAGCAAGAUACUUUCCUGACGAAUUAUAUCAAAUCAUAUUUAAACUAUGUCCUCGGCUUCAGUUUAUGCAUGCAAGUAUCCUAUUCCCAAGUCAGUUAAAUGAGCUGAUACCUCAUUAUUCUUCUCAUAUCAGCUUCAUGAUGACGCAUAUUCCGAUUGAAGAAGACGAUGCUGUCUAUUUGGAUACAACAAAAGCAGUACAUUACUUUCCUUGUUGUGCAUCAUGUUUUGUAUUUCCAAAAGAUGUCGAUGUUGAUCCACCGACGCUCACACAGAUAUCACACUAUUUUCAUCAUCCAGGUGCGCUAAGUAACGCCAUCUUGCCAACAUUUGGACCCGAUCUGCUAUCAUUGACACUGAACCCUUUUGAUCAAUUGACUGCCUCGGUUGCACGCUUGAUUGUCUCCAAUUGUCCUCGAUUGAGAUAUCUGGUGGUACCGUUUGUGAAGGCAGAAGGAUUAUGGAUGCUAUUGAGAUGGUGUAAUACGUUAACUACUAUUAUUGUAGGCAAUGAUGGCAGUCCAAUAUUCAUUGAUGAUGAAGAAGAAGAAGAUGAUGAUGAUGAAUAUGAAAACACGAUAGAGGAUAGCAUGUUAAUGAACCAAAAGGCAGUUGAAUCAAUAAAAAGGCAUAAGCGUGUUUGGUGUGUUCAUACCUGUACUCAUUCAAGUUUUCAGCAAAAGAGAGUUUCAUGGCAUAUUGGAAUUAUACCUAAAGCUUAAAUAUUCCCCUUUUUCUUUCUUUCCUUUUUUACCCUUACCCCCCUCUCUCCCCUUUUUACUACUGCACCUAUAUUCCCACUCAUCUACACUCUCCAAUA